AUGGAAGAUAAUUUUCUUCAAUCAUUCUCUGAUUUGCCAACUUUUUAUGAAGAAGAUUUACAAAAACUGGCCUUUCAAGAAAAUGAGGAGGAUAUUGAAGCAAUUAAUCCUGAUUACAGUGAUAUUGAAAUAAUUAUUUCUGAUUAUAGUGUUGCAAUAGUUUUUAAUACUCAAGAUUGGGAAAAAUCUGAAUCAGCAUUUAAAGAUAUUCAAUAUGCAAUGGGAAAACCUGGAGGUGAAACUGAAGUUUUUUGUUCUUAUCUUGAUGUCAAAGUCAAAAAAGAAACUUGA